AUGGACGGCUCCACCGCCAAGCCUCUUGAUUACCUACAGGUGCUCGAUGAAAGUGACCGGAAUAUAUUUUUCUUCAUCCUCGACUGCAUCUCAGACCAUCUUAUCUAUCACGGGGAGCUCCCUUCCAAGAGCUUCCUUGAAAGCCUCACUGGCAAAACAAACAUUACAGAGUACGUUGCGGCAUACGCUGGUCAGCAAGACCAAAGCACGCUACGCAAGAGCGUUGCUGCCCUGCAAGCAUGGAAGCCCAUUUUCUUGGCUAUACCACCAGGCCAGGCCACUGGUCAUCGCAUCUCUAAGUCGCUCUCGGCCAAUAAAGGAACGGAUGCUCCGCUCAAUGGUGCCACUCUUCUCGAUGGACGUGCUGUAGACUGGUCCACUCGACUUAAGGAAAAGAGCGAAAACUACUAUAGCGACACGAGCGGCCCCCUCAUCCGCAGCUACUACGAGGCCCGUCAAAUACGUGCAGAGUACGGCAGCCGUGAUUUCAAGUCGGUGCCGCCAGAGCGUUGGUCUGACUUUCCGACUUCCAUCGAAGAGCAGCAAAAGCUCGUAUGCAAACUCUAUGAUGCUAUUCUCAACAUGAAUGACAUCCUAGAAAAAAAGCGGCCAUUGUCCUUGAAGAGCUCAAGCAGCGACGAUAGCGGCGAUGAUGGCGAUAUUGACACUAGUAGCCCUACUCCGCCACGGAAACGGUCGGCCACAGAGAGAGACGACGACGACGACGGCAAUUCUAAGGAUGCAGCCGAGGCCAACAGUCCACGAAUGAAAACGGGCUCUCCCAAGAAGCCCGUUCUGCAACAAAAGGAAACAAUUAGCGUUUCCAAGGUGAAGGGUCUCACCCGCAUCGAGGUCGAGAUGCUCUCCUGGGAAAUUUUGUACGCAAUCCGCGAUAUCGACCGUGGCCAACUGCCUUUUAUGAAUUGGAGUGGCCGCGACUGGAGCUGGGACUCCCAGUUCACUAGCUUCAAUGACCGGUUUGAGGCUGUUGCUACGACUCUACGUCGUUCGAAGGCGGCCGUCUGUAGUCUGCUCGAGUCUGAUUACAUGGCCCGGCUGGUAGCACACCCACGCAGGGAGUAUCGCCGAAAGGAGAACAAUCGAUCCCAGAACGCGGAACGCAAUGCACAGGUGUUUGUAGGUCGACAUGCCAUUGGAACGGGCCAAGUACAAGUUGGCUCAUCGGGUGAUUUGCAGGACCGUGACGGCAACGUAGUUGCUGCCGCUGGAACUGCCCACAGUGGCUUGAUCGAGCAGACACGCAAGCUUGGCGAGAUGAGCCGGCGGAGUCAUGCUGCAAAGAAGGCGAAGACGACAGCUGGAAAUGCCGCAACAUCUCUCGAAAACGAUACUGCUGGUGAACCCUCAGGAACCGCGGCUGCGAAUGGCUCUCCGCCACUGUCCUCCCAGAGAAAGCCCCGCGUCCGGAACCGGAGGCUCGCAGCCAAGACAGAGACCUCCACUACAGAGCAGUCUACAUUCGGAACGUCCGAAGGUACCGUUGCCAACGAUACGAGCCAGGACCAAGGCCAGAAUUCGUCGGCGAAUUCGAAUAUGAGUGUGAGCUCGGCAGUGCCUAAAGUGGCAACGAUAGAAAACGGACCUGGAUUCACCCCGAUGGCGCCCACUCCUUUCUCCUGGCCUCAAGAAAAUGGCAACACUACAACAGCCGCAGCUACCCCCGUGGCUCCGUUUGGUACCCCAGUUACUUGGCCGCCUGUAAACCAAGGCUUGAUUUCUGACGGCCAAGCAUCUUUCCAUCCAGGAAGCAACCAUAGCAGUGCCACUUUUCACGUUGACGGCUCAUUCAUGGGCGGCGGCGCGAGUAGUAAUGAGUUCCCAUCGGUUGCCAGCAGCUUUGCGGUACUCAAUACAGAUGCACGGCUCAACAAUCUCAACAACGUUGGAACGAAUAUGUUGACACUUCCGUUUCGCCCAGCCGCUGGUGAAAGCAGUACUCAGCUGCCGGCAGCCGUAAACAACGGAAGCCGCCCCGGAUCAGAUCAAGACUCAGCUGCUAUGGUCUCUGAUGCUCCCAUGGAAGAUGUUUUCAGCAUGGAAGUCGCAGUCACCACAGGUGUCACCGGAAGAGAUGCCACCGUGGGAGGCCAUAGUAGCAAUGCCGCUACUAACCCAGCGAUAGCCCCAUCCCAGCUGACUGUGGCCGAACCGUCGAUGCUGAACCCCAUAGCAUCACCAUGGGGUACCGACGAGCAUAUGAGUCUUCUCUACCAGAUGGCGCUGUAUAACAACUCCAUUCAGAACAUUCUGGGCGCCAACUGUACGCCAAUACCGAAAUUGGCCUCGUCCGCACUCAUAUCUGGUGAUUUAGGUCUCGAUGCGAGCAUGUACACCAUCCCUGAUGACUCGUGGGCUGUCAAUUACGAUACUGACUCUCCCGAACUUGGCGACGAUGGUAACUCGAGCCACACAGAGAAUGGUAGGAAUCACUGA